CACGGGUCAGAUCGGAUAUUACCCACUGAACGGAUUCAAACUCAAAGGAUAAGGGAAUAGAGGAGCAGGGAGGAUUGGAGGUGGAGACAGGAGAGGUCCCUCUGGUCUGGUCGUUUAAUCCCCCGAAAUCAUCGAAUCACACUGCCCUUCUUCACCCGUCCCAUCCUGUCGCCUCUCCAUUUUCUCUCUCUGCUUUCAAUCUUUGCGCUUCGCCUUCAGAUCGGCAAAAGACUUGUACAGCAACAGCAGCCUCUCUCUUAUCUGUUCAUCUCCUCCAUCCGUUUCAUCAUCUCUUGUUCAUCGUCUCUUUUUUCCCAUUCAAGAUCAACCCAUUUUGUCAUCUCGCUCUCUCUACAUUAUUAAAUAUCCCCAAAUCAUAUUAAAACAAAAAAACAGUGGAAGAGGUAAACCACAUGGAUGCCAACACGCAGCAGCAAGUUCAAUCCUCCUCCACGUACGCGCCGCCGCAGCCCACAAUCACCACCACCGGCACGCCUCCCCCUCCGCCGCCCGCCCACCACCUCCUCCAGCAACAGCAGCAGCAGCUCCAGAUGUUCUGGUCUUACCAGCGCCAGGAAAUCGAGCAGGUGAAUGACUUCAAGAACCACCAGCUCCCCCUCGCCCGAAUCAAGAAGAUCAUGAAGGCCGACGAGGACGUCCGGAUGAUCUCCGCCGAGGCCCCCAUUCUGUUCGCCAAGGCCUGCGAGCUCUUCAUCCUCGAGCUCACCAUCCGCUCCUGGCUCCACGCCGAGGAGAACAAGCGCCGCACCCUCCAGAAGAACGACAUUGCCGCCGCCAUCACCCGCACCGAUAUCUUCGAUUUCCUCGUCGACAUCGUCCCCAGGGACGAGAUCAAGGAGGAGCCCGCCGCCCUCGCCGGCGGCCCCACUGCCAGUGGCGUCCCUUAUUUCUAUCCCGCCAUGGGACAGCCUGCAGGUCCUACCCCUCCUGGCAUGAUGAUUGGUAGGCCUGCCAUGGAACCCUCCGCCGUCUACGGCCAGCCACCUUCCCGGGCCUGGCAGUCCACUUGGCCAGGGGCUGCCGCUGAUGAUGUCUCUUACGGCAGCGGAGGCACUGCUGGUCAUGGCGGCAAUCUCGAUGCACAAGGGUUAGCCACAGACUCCACAGCUUUGCUUCAGCAGCAGCUGCAGUACUCUUUGGUGGGAUGUGCAGUUUCAGAGAAGGCUGGCCUUGUCUUAGUCGGAAGUUUUGCAUGAAUGUGAUGGUUUAAUUGUACUCUGCUAUUGUUUCUGGGAAAAGAGGGGGAGAAAGAUGCCUUUUUUCUUGUAAUAGCAUGACUAGAGACCUCAACGAGAGGCGAAUUAACUUGAUUGUGCAGCAAGCUGCACGACUGCAUCCGCAACUUGCCUAAUUAUAUAAUGUGCAGUUCCUUGACUUAAAAUUCCCAAGUUUUCUCAGUAUGGUGCAUAAUGUAUCCCGCCUUUAAAUUGCAGCUCGAUAAUUUCAUAUAAGACGUAGUUGAAAGAAACGAGUCUUGGCAUGGUGGCGACUAUGUUCAAUUUGAACCUGUAAUUUAACUGUUGCAGCAGAGGUUUUGAUUCUUUCUGCUUCAUGAUGAUCUGCAUCGAGCUAUG